GUGUGUAUGAAAUGCCGGACUUUUCCUUUGCUACCAUUCCUCCUCCCAGCUGCAUGGUUCCAUCGAGCUGUGCCGCAAACAAACCUUUCGCGACUCGGAAUGUGGUGACGCGGACGGAAAUUGGCGUGUGCAUCUUCCUGGCACCGGUGCCGGCAGACGAAUAAUCCUCUCAACUAACCAAUCAGUCCACACCACUCCACAUUCUUCCUUUAUUUUAGUUGUCAGUUACAACGCCUGUUGCUAUCGAAAACCACCCGUGUGGCAUUUCUACAGUUUGAUGUUAAUACUAGCUUAAUUAUACCGGCUUUCAAAUCGCUUUGUUAGUUUGUGUGGGUCAUGUUUUUUGGGGGGGAUUUUCAAUGUGUUUUUUCCUCUCCCCCUUGUGAUUUAAAAUCGUCAAAGCAAAUUGGCCUCUGAAUUUGCCACAUUUUUUAUUUGUCGGAUUGAGGUGACCGUAGUUUAGAGAAAUAUUUAUCCUUUUUGAGAAAUAUCUUUUCAUUUAAUUGGUUUCUUCAACUAUUCAUUUAAAACUUCAUGCCGUGUAUAGCGCAGUAGUCAUUUCACAUUUUUUCCCCCUAUUUAAAUGUUUUCCCCCUGGGAAAGCAAUGUAAGAAUAGGCGGGUAUGAAUAUUCCCCAGAACAAUCUGUGAAAUUCAUCCACUGGAUUUUAUAACUUUCAUUUUGUUAAAGGAGGAUGUUCUACUUAGUGUAGAGGAGAUCCUGUUGUCAUACUGCUUUUGCUAUCUUGAGUUAAUAUCAUUGAGAUAGAGGACUCAUCUUUGCAUCUGUGCCAUUAUAGAAUUUGUGGCCGCAUGGGUAGCAUUGAGACAUCCAUUUUGAGGUAGUCAAUUAUCUACACAAUUGGCUGUUCCCUCCUGAUGACCUGGUUGGACACGACUCCAACGGGGUCACCAGGAGGGAUUAACCAAUGAAGUUGGAAGUCCCACCCAGUUGUCUAUAUUAAAAUGGUGGAAGCCCUCUAUGGUGCUGCCCAUGCCAGUACAGCUUUUGGCCACUAGAGGCCUCAAUCAUUCUUUGGUUAAUAUCUGCUGUCACAACAUUGUCAUUAUCCCAAGACAACAUUCCAGCUUUAGAAUUAUUUUGGGUGUAUUUGCAGGGCUAAAAACAGUGUGCGUUUCCUAACCAAAAUAAGCAAUCGGUUGGUACUCAUUGGAAAAGUGCAUGUUUAAUACACUUCCAAGAGUAACUAUUUUUGCAUGAUUAGGAUGGUCCAGUCUGAAAUUCAAAUUUAAGAGGCUUGUUUCAACUCAAUCUAAAUAUUGUUUCUAACAAACCAAGCUUUAAUAAUCCAAAAUUGUCCUCUAUUAAUGUAAUAUUUAUUUCUAGACCCAAACAUGUUGAAUACAGUAAAUAACAUGAGCAUAACUGGCAUUGCUAUCAAAUCAAACUUUGUCACAUGCGCCGAAUACAACAAAUGUAGACCUUACGGUGAAAUGCUUACUUACAUGACAUUACCAUUGAGAUAUAAUGGGCUCUAGUCUGAUCACUUUCUUGGGGUGCCUUAGUCUGCGUUUUGAUGGGCAGCCCUAUUCUGAUAUACAAAAAGAGCUGACGUGAAAAGAGCUGUGAUUGGUCAAAGACAAAUUUGUGGGGAAAUUAUCAGAAUUGGGCGGCCUGUCUGAACAGAGCAUCUGUCUGCUCAGUUCUUAUGGCAAUUGUUGUAGUUGGUAUAUUUCCUACAGUCAAAGCGUGUACGUUUUAUGCAUUUUAUUUUUUAAUAAACCAAAAUGUAUUUUGGUGAGAAUCAUAUUUGUAUUUAUCCUCUCGAGACAUCCGGACUUUUUCCACAUCUAUACUUGAUAAUGCAUUGACAGUACUUUUCAGAUGAUACUUACUAUAAAACCUGAUGAUAGGUACUAAAUCAAGAAGAAAAAAACAAUUGUCCAUUCGGCCAAUCAACAGGUCUGAUUUUGAAACCCGAUCUGGUUCUGCCUUGUGAGAGGCUGGAUAGAGAUUGUGCGGUAGGUAGCAAACGCUGGCAGAGGAGCCAUUUCUGCCCUUCGGAAACUAGUGCCAUCAACCCAGUGAGUCCACCGCGAAAGGUACGAAGGAAUAUAGAACAUAUAAUCUAGUGGGAGCAUCACCAUGGUGAAAAUCUUCAUUGGGAACUUGUCUCCAGACACCAUGGCAGAGGAGCUGCGCUCCCUCUUCUCCCAGUAUGGAAAGGUCUCUGAGUGUGACAUCGUCAAGAACUUUGGCUUUGUGCACAUGAAGGACAAAGCUGAAGCGGAGGAGGCCAUCAAGAACCUCCAUCACUAUGAGCUCAACGGGGAGCAGAUGAACGUGGAGAUGAGCCGCGGCAGACCCAAAGACACCACCAAGCUGCACGUGGGCAAUAUCAACAGCAGCUGCACCAACCAAGAGAUGCGGGCAAAGUUUGAGGAGUACGGCCCCGUGGUGGAGUGUGACAUAGUGAAGGACUACGCCUUUGUCCACUUGGAGCGUGUGGAAGAUGCCAUGGAGGCCAUCAGUGGGCUGGACAACACAGCCUUCCAAGGCAAACUGAUGAGCGUGAAGCUUUCAACUAGCCGCCUGCGUACUACGCCGGGCAUGGGAGAGAGGACAGGUUGUUAUCGGUGCGGGCAGGCAGGCCACUGGUCCAAAGAGUGCCCGCUCGACACUUCGGACAACUACAGAGAGGGUGCCGAGCCAAGCUCUGACGGAUUCAAUGGCGGUGCCCCUAGGUUCGGCGGUGGCUGCGGUUAUCACCGGGGCUUGAGUGUCGGCGAUCCAGGUUACAGUGGCAGUGAUCCAGUUUACGGUGGAAGCUAUUCUCCCGCGCACGGCUUUGGCGGUGCGCCCGGGUACGGCAGGGCUGCAGGCUAUGAAAGCACAUUGGGUUACGGGCUUCCGCUGGGUUACGGAAUGAGCGCCGCCGAACAUAGCAUGGCCCGGGUGUAUGCCAGCGAGGCAGCGUACGGAGGCAGCAGCUGGAGCCACGGCGUGGUCCCAGCCUACCCUGUGCGGCGGUCAUCGGACGAGGACCGGGAUCCGUAUGGUGCCGUGGACUUCUACGAGAAGUACCGGGCUCGCCCGUAUGGAGCCAGUUAUUUCGAAGAGCGCCGGUCUGUUCCUUUGCCCAGCCCACCGUACCCUUUCUCCUCGGCCAUAAUGAGGGAGCGCCUGCCUCCCUCUAGCUCCGACCUAUACGAGCGCCGUCCUCUCCCUUCUCCACCAGCACCCCUCUCCUCAUACUACUCCCGCGACCGGAGCCCAUUCCGGCGAAUACCUACCGAGGCGUACGAGCGCGCGCGCCUCUCCCCGGUGCCCUCUCUCCCCAGAAGCUCGGCUUACGACAUCCCGCGGGACCCCUACGCCGAGCGGGCGCGAUAUGCUUACUAACCUUUCUCCCUCCUGUCCAGGUGAGACCUGAUUUAGCUUUCACAGGUUAGCGUGAUUAAGUUCCCAGGGAACUGGUAUUAAUGUAAACAUUGGGUGUUUUGAUAGUUUAUUUCCUAGGUAACGUCCUAGGUAAAGGUCAGGUUUUCUGUCUUGACGUUGAUUGAUAAGUCUGAUGCCCAUCAAGCUUGUUGAUCAAAUAGAAGAGAAUGCGUGCCGUAGAACUUAAAUGCAUCUUAUGGGUGACCAUGUUACUAUUUGGUAUGCUCUCUUUUCAGGUAUCGCGACAGUCUCGUGCUCGGUUGACCAUCUUUGUUUCGACUCACGAUGCAUUUCAGCUUUGGCUGCAAUCGCGGGACUGUGAAAGUGCAG